UCAGUGCUGUCCACGGCGGUAAGUAGGUGAGGUUUGGAGGCUCCUCAAACAAAAUACAGAGAUCAUCAGAGCUCUACAUGACUUCAAUAUGAAGAGAAACAUGUCCGCUAUCGGCUCCCUUCACUGUUAGUCUUCAGUACUUCUUCCACAUUCAGUUUUUCCUCUUUUAUCGGUGAAGAGAAAACACAAGUGACUCUGCUUUCAGAGUGCACAGAGGAGCCACGAGCUGGGUUGAGUCUCCACGGUUCUCAUGGUGUGUUUAAGUGCAGCCCCCUGCUCUGAGCUCUUCAACAGUCAGACAGACUCUCUGUUACCGUGAGGACGAACACAUCAACGCUACAAAAUGGCAGAAGUAGCUCCAGCUGCAGCUCCCGCUGCGGCCAAAGUAGCCAAGAAGAAGGUGUCCAAGCCGAAGAAGACUGGUCCCAGCGUCGCUGAGCUCAUCGUUAAAGCUGUGGCCGCAUCCAAGGAGCGGAGCGGCGUGUCUGCGGCCGCCGUCAAGAAGGCUCUGGCCGCCGGAGGAUACGAUGUGGAUAAGAACAACUCCCGGGUCAAGACCGCCAUCAAGAACCUGGUGACUAAGGGGACUCUGGUCCAGACCAAGGGGACCGGGGCCUCUGGCUCCUUCAAGAUAAGCAAGACGGCUGUCGAGAAACCGGUCAAGAAAGCCGCUCCUAAAGCCAAGAAGCCCGCAGCUAAGAAACCCGCAGCGGCCAAAAAGCCCAAAGCAGCGGCAGUAAAGAAACCAGCAGUCGCUAAGAAGUCACCGAAGAAGGCGAAGAAACCCGCAGCGGCCAAGAAACCAACAAAGAGCCCCAAGAAGGCGACCAAGAGCCCCAAAAAAGUAGCAAAGAGUCCCAAGAAGGUGGUCAAAAAGGCCCCCGCACCCAAGAAAUCCCCCGCUAAGAAGGCUGCCAAGCCCAAAGCAAAGAAGGCAGCACCCAAGAAGAAGUGAGCUGUUAUCUCAACAACAAUCACUCCGAUAAAAGGCUCUUUUAAGA